AUGAAGGCGCUUAUGACGCUAUGGACGUGGAUCACCUUUACCACAGUCUCCUGUUUUGUCUUUUCUGCUUACAUGACAAUCGUGGGUCGUAAUAUAUAUAAAAUUAUGUUUCCAACGUUCUCCGAUAGUCUUAAUACGUUAGAUCCGCUGUGGGGAGAAGGUCAACCAUUGGAUGUGACGUGUUACUUGUCUUCUCGCUCCGAAUGGGAUGAUGCCAAUGACUUUACGACUAGCACAAUCCAUGUUGGAACUUUUGAGUCGCUUGUGUUUAACUGGGAGAACUCAAAUUUUAGGCAUUUGGAUCUUAAUAUCUCGUACUCGAUGUUAACGCAGCUAACAGAUAAAUUCGAGACUGUAAAUCAAGUUUGGGGUGCUUUAAAGAGUAAUGCAUCCGUGUUCCUCCACGUCCACGUGACACACGCUGGGUUCUCACCCAACCCAAAGGACAGCGAGAUUUAUGACCAAUACAGAACCAUCCACCAAGCGUCGAGUUUAAUCAAAUACGCACCGAGACCUAAUGCGAAAAACGCGAGCUUAUUGUUGGCUCCUUCUGAAGCGCCAAGUGGCUCUCAGCUGACGACACAUUGGGAAACAUCGACGAUUUCCUAUUGGAAGCCGGCAGCAAAUGUGCGACUUGUGACAGAUUUUACGAGAUAUCCUGUAGAAGAGAUACCAGUGAUGGUGUACCAUAAUUUACAUUACGUUCAACAUCCAAUGGAUCAACGUUGGCGUUACUUACCAGCACUUUAUGUGGAUGAUCUUUCGUUGACGCAAGAUGAAUUAGUGCCAUUGAAUGCAACACUUGAUAAUGGAAGUGGCGAUGAAGUUGUGCUUCCACUGCAACUAUCCUGGUCCCCACUAUCGUUUGCACGGUGGCAGAUGCAACUUACAUUUGCCACAGUCUUGUUAUCGCAGGAACAAAUGGGUGUGCCUUCGAGUGAUUUGGAUGCUCUUCGCUCCAUGGUGACCGACACACACCCGGCACUUCUUGCUGUGACGAUGAGUGUCUCGUUGCUACACUUGCUCUUUGACUGGCUGGCUUUUCGACAUGAUGUGAGCUAUUGGCGCACCAAAGGAGACAACGUUGUCGGUGUAUCUCUUCGAGCAAUGGCGGCUGAAUUGGGCUCGCAAUGCGUAGUUUUGUUGUUUCUGGUUGACCAAGAUUCGACUCUGCUGGUUACAAUUCCGCAGUUCAUCAGCGUUGUACUUCUCGUGUGGAAAGUUACUAAGGUGUGGCAGGCUCAGCGCAAAAUUCAAUCUUUUGCAACAUUUGAUAUUGUUGAAGACAGCGCGAAAAUAAUGGACAAACACAGCCUUCGGCUGCUUGAGGAGACCCAACGCGCUGAUGCACUGGCUACAUCACACAUGUUUUUCGUUCUUGCGCCUCUGGCUGGUGGAUACGCUGUGUAUUCGCUGAUGUAUGUCCCACACGCUGGAUGGUACGCUUGGUUGCUUGAAUCUCUUACUACGACGGUUUACGGGUUGGGUUUUGCUUUUAUGCUCCCGCAGCUGGUCAUUAACUAUCGACUUAAAUCCGUUGCGCACAUGCAGUGGCGGCUGCUUGUCUACCGUGCGCUCAACACGUUCAUCGACGACUUGUUCGCCUUUGUAAUCAAAAUGCCGACCCUCCACCGCAUCUCGUGCUUUCGCGACGACAUUGUCUUCAUCGUGUACUUGUAUCAGCGGUGGAUCUAUCCUGUAGAUGUUAAGCGACUUGAAGACGUUGCCGACGGUGCUUCCGCCUCAGAGGACGCUGUUAGCAAGCCGCACAAUGAAUAA